AUGGGGGCUCAGAAGCCAAUAUACUAUGUCAGCCGAGCUUUACAGGAGCUGGAGACGCGGUACACGCCGACAAAAAAAUUGGUUCUCGUCCUGGUACACGCCGCCCAGAAGCUCCGACCUUACUUCCAGGCACACAGCAUUGUUGUCAGGACCGAUCAACCCUUACGACAGAUACUCACAAGACCUGAGGUCUCAGACUUUCUUGCUGAAGGAGCGAGUUUGUCCAUGGCUGAGUUGAGCUCAUUGCCCAAGCGCGUACGGCCGGAAGAGCCGUGGGUGUUAUUCGUGGACGGGGCCUCGAGUAAGGAGGGAAGCGGAGCCGGCCUGCUGCUCACCUCGCCCAUCGGGGAAGAGCUGACCUACGCGCUCAAAUUCGACUUCCCGGCAUCCAACAAUGAGGCCGAGUACGAAACCCUAUUGACGGGACUGCGGAUAACCCACCAGAUGGGUAUAACCGCGAUCAAAGUCCGGAGCGACUCGCAACUCGUAGUCCACCAAGUCCGCGGGGAGUAUGAGGCCAAGGAGGACAUCAUGAAUAAAUACUUGGCUAAGCUGGCGUCCUCCUCGUUCGCUCACCUGAGCAAGGAAGUGUUGGUGGAGGUAGUCAAGCAUAAGAGCAUUGACCAGAGUCAGGUCUUGGCUAUAGACAGCCCGGCCUCCUGGAUGACUCCCCUUGCGGACUUCCUCAGCUUGGGUGUCCUCCCCGAAAACAAAAUCGAGGCUCGCCGACUCCAGCUCAGAGUUGCCAAGUACGCCUACUCUCGGGGGACCCUCUAUAGAAGGUCGUAUUUGUCUCCCUGGUUAAAGUGCGUAACCCCUGAGGAAGGCGACUAUGUCCUCCGCGAAAUUCAUGAAGGCUUAUGCGCGGCACAUGUGGAAUCCCGAGUUUUGGCCAAAAAAUGCCUACUCAUGGGCUACUAUUGGCCCUCCGUGUUCCAAGAUGCCGCGGCGCUAGUCCAGCAAUGCCGAGCUUACCAAGUGCACGCCUCGCUGCGUCACCAGCCAACACAAGAGAUGGUCCGCAUCCAUAGUCCUUGGCCCUUCGCCCAGUGGGGAAUAGAUCUCUUGGGGCCUUUUUCCCGAGUUCCCGGGAAAUACGAGCACCUCGUGGUGGCCAUCGAUUACUUCACAAAAUGGAUAGAAGCGGAGCCUUUAGCCACUAUCUCGGGAAGAGCAGUCCAGAAGUUCUUUUGGAAGAACAUAGUCUGCCAUUUUGGGAUUCCGCAUGUCUUGAUAUCUGACAAUGGACGACAGUUUGCUGAAACCCCUUCAGGAGCUGGUGCGCCAAGCUCGGGAUCAGCAAGCACUUCACGUCGAUCAGUCAUCCCCAGGCCAACGGUCAGGACUGCCACUCAGGAGACCCCGUUUUCCCUGACUUAUGGGGCAAAAGCGGUGGUGCCGGCGGAGAUCGGCCUCCCCUCGCUUCGGACACAUAACUUCGUUGCGUCAACCAAAGAAGAAGAGUUGAGGUGUAACUUGGACAUAUUGGAGGCUAAGCGUGAGGAAGCGGCGAUACGGAUGGCUAAGUACAAAAGCCAACUCGCCCGCUAUCAUAACGCAAAAGUGAGAAACACGCAGUACCAGCCAGCAGACCUCGUCUUAAGAAAGAACUCCGUCAACCGAGCCCAUAGUUCCAAUAAGCUCGACCCAAAUUGGGAGGGGCCGUACAAGGACCUGGAGGCGAGCCGAGCUGGGUACUGCAGGCUUGCGAAGCUAGAUGGAGCGGAAGUACCUCGCACUUGGCACUUCUCGAAUCUACGGUUGUUCGUAGGUUAG